AUGGCUAAUUAUACUUCAGUUAUGUUAAUGAAGAUGAAUUUGAUGGGCAUUCGGAUCUUCUUCAUCAUUCUCAUUAUGUUAUGGUUGUCUUCUUCUGCCUUUGCUACGUAUGGCGGCGGCUCGGCCAACCCUCCACCUUCUCCUUCUCCUUCACCACCACGCAGAGUGAGGUGCCAGUUAAGGCAAUAUCCGGCUUGCUACCAGGCUUGGCACCGUUGUCCCUCAAUCUGCUCUACUUCCUGCCUGGUUGACUGUGUUACUUGUAGACCUAUUUGUAGUUGCGAUAACCCUGGUGCAGUUUGCCAAGACCCUCGAUUUGUAGGUGGAGAUGGCAACACUUUCUACUUCCAUGGCCAUAAAGACCAAAACUUCUGUUUACUUUCAGAUGCCAAUCUCCAUAUCAACGCCCACUUCAUCGGCAAGCGCGACCCUUCAAUGAAUAGAGACUUCACUUGGGUUCAAUCCAUUUCAGUCAUCUUCAACUCCCACAAUCUCUUCAUUGCAGCUAGAACAACCUCCAUUUGGGACGAUAACAUCGACCAUUUUGUCUUAUCCUUCGAUGCCAAUUCCAUCUCUCGUCCUCCCGUCGAAGGUUCCUCAUGGAAGUCCCCAUCAGCACCGGUUGUCUCCAUUACUCGCGCCGGCCGCGACACCAAUUUUAUCGCGGCGGAAGUGGAGGGAAGUUUCAGGGUGACUGCACUUGUAGUUCCAAUUUCUGAAAAAGAAUCAAGAGCGCAUGGCUACAAUAUAACAGCUGACAAUUGUUUUGCUCACUUGGAACUUGGGUUCAAGUUUUAUAAUCUGAGUGAUAUGGUUGAUGGAAUUCUUGGACAGACUUACAGAAAAAAUUAUGUGACGAGGGCGAAGAUUGGAGCCAAAAUGCCCGUGUUAGGAGGAGCGGAUAAAUUUUUAUCUUCUAGUAUAUUUGCCACUGACUGCUUGGCAUCUCGCUAUGGAAAGAAUUAA